UCUUCGUUUUUGUGUCGAUUAUCAUUUAUUGUGUAAAACUAUUUUGCAACAUGCUGCUUAUUUCUGAGAGUGAAGUCCAAUUUUUGGGUGCAUCUAACGUCCGCCGUUUUCUCACUAGGAUUUGUGCACAACCGCCUAUGGCCAUAUGCAAGAGGUGCACAAUCCGAGAAGAAAAAAAAUCUUCAGCCAGCUAGCCAUUGGAGGCCAAACGAUAUCUCAACUUCAGAAACGCGUGGUUCGGUGCAGAGCGGCUGGUUAUCAAUACCGAUUAGCUUCAGAAGUAUUUGUCAUGAUAGGGACAAACGACGUCUUAAGAAACACUCCAUACAACAGUAUGAAACUGUCUCUACUGAGAUUACUGGCCACGAUAAAAAACCAAGGCGUCCAAAACAUUCGUUUAUGUACAAUCUUGCCUAUUCAUAGAGCAACGGGCGAUCAAAGAGACACGUUAAAUAAAUUCAACGAUUUUGUUCGACGUGUUAAAGACCGUCGAGUUGUCGUGGUGGACGUCGAAUCAUUUUUUUCCAACCCAAAAUAUUUUGAAAGAGAUGGUGUGCAUCUUAAUUUGGAUGGGUUAGAGCGACUAGAAACCAUUUGGUUCCAACAGUAAAUGUAAGUGGUGGUGGUUUUGUUUUGUAGCUUCGGUGGUGGGUUGAUUAUUAAUAGUAUUAUUACAUUAGGUGUUAGGUGGUUAUGGUUACUUUAGCGACAAGGAUGCAGAAUAGUAUGCAGCGACUUUUAAAUUAUUGUUUUGCUUUGCUUAGGUGGUGGUGGAUGUUUUAUUGUUAUUACUAUUAUAAUGUAUACAACGAAAUCUGAAGGUUUCGUCAUCACUAUAGCGCGUGUUUUUUAUUUUAGUGUUUUGUAAAAUAAACAUUUUUACGUUUUAUUGCUCACGAAUUGUCAAAUUUUAUGCUAUUAGAUAGAUAUAGUACAUACAUAAAAUUAAAACUUCACAAGAAAAGACGGAAUUAGACGGGGAACCCUUCAGACUACGAUAUUUAAUGUUUUAUUGUUUACUUAUUUUAAUUGUUGUUUAUUGGUAGAAUAUGGUUGUGGUUGUAUUAGAUAUAAUAACAAAACUGCAACAAGCUAUGCAGUGACUUUUAAGUUAUUAUUUAGCUGUGCUGCUGUUUUUGAAAUCGGCAUGGGUUUAUUAAUGGUUUAAAAGAACUCAUAUUUCAGCACAACGUGGAGAUGUUCACAAAACCGUCAUAUUUUGUUUGUCGUAUAAACUGUAGUUAUUUUUUAAGAUAACUUGAUGCAAUUUUAUAUUUUAUUAGUUCAAUAUAUUACAAAAUGAAAACAGUUUACUGCUACUAGACAAAAACGAUACUUUUUGAGUAAUAGACCAGCAACGAAUUGACCGUUUUUCUAUAUAAAUGUAUAAAGCAAUUGGGCGACUUUAACGCUCUGUAACUUUUUUAUUUUUUAAGAUAACUUGAUGAAAUUUUAUAUUUUAUUAGUUCAAUACAUCACAAAUUGAAAACAGUUUACCGCUACUAGACAAAGACGAUACUUUUUGAGUAAUAGACCAGCAACGAAUUGACCGUUCUUCUAUAUAAAUGUAUAAAGCAAUUGGGCGACUUUAACGCUCUGUAACUUUUUUAUUUUUUAAGAUAACUUGAUGAAAUUUUAUAUUUUAGUUGUUCAAUACAUUACAAAUUGAAAACAGUUUACCGCUACUAGACAAAGGCGAUACUUUUUGAUUAAUAGACCAACAACGAAUCGACCUUUCUCCUAUAUAAAUGUAUAGGGCAAUUGGUCAACUUCAACGCUCUAUAACUUUUUUAUUUGUUGAGAUAAUUACAUUAAAUUUUAUAUUUAAAUUGUUCCGUGUAUUAAAAACACAAAACAAUUUUCCGAUAGUAGUCAAAGGUGAUAGUUUUCCCGUCACGAGCGAUUUUCUUUUUUCCCCAUGUAUUCUAGGGGGUCAACUUUCGUUACACGCAUCCUGGUUAUGACGUCACGCGUUGCUGGCCAUCGUUCGUUGCUAACUUCACAUACUUGAAUUUACAUAGGAAAAUAUAAUUAUGUCGAUAGGUCCGUCACGAUUACAGGAAAAAUGAGAAUUAAAAUUAUAUUAGA